UUCUCGUCGAACGGCUCGCCGUCCAGGCUGUUUUUCCGCAAGUCAACUGAGACGAGGAAAAAGCGCAGUAGAAAAAGGCGCGGCAACAGCCCGAAGAGCUAACCAUAAAUAAGAGGGAAAAACAAGCGGAAAACAUCGAGCGACGAUGAAUUAUUGAGGGUUUCAACCCGACGAGAACGUAUACCUUUCUCUCCACAUAAUACACACGUACCUACACAUCGACACAGCUACCUUACCUUAAUACUACACACACACACCUCGACAAAAGCUCUUUCUCUGCCGUUGAAUUUUCACCUCGUCCUGUCUCACUUUCUGCGUGUGUUCAUUUCGCUCUCCUAUACGUAUAUACCUACACCAGCUCUACACAUCGCAUCGCCAGAUGAAAGGCUUCCUCAUUCAUUAGGUGCUAGUUAUAUACGCAUUGUGAACACCUGUUGUUGGUUCUGCAGCCGAGCCGCGAAAAACACCUCAUCAGCCCCUCGUCUGCGUAUAUAGUGGGACUGAUUGUGAGAAAAGCAACGUCGUCUUCGACACGGUCGCAGCAGUCGUUUCUCUUCUUAUACUUUAAUACUUCGCAUAUAGAUUCUCACUUUCUACUGUCUCUUUUGUUUCUGCGUUUCUGCCUGUGCCUUUGGUUCUUUUGUUCGAGUAUUUCGCAAAGAUCACUCGCAUAAAUUUCAAGAACCGCGCCUUCUUCGUCGUCACCGCUGCUGCUGUUGCUGUCUUCUUGAGCUGCUACUGCUGCUGCUGGAGAGAAACUUCACACCUGUAAUAGUACUUGUUGCUGCUGUUUCACUCGUUCAUCUUCGACUCUUCGACGUUGUCUUCGCAUAUAUCAUACGAUAAAAUAUAAGUUUGAAAAUUGAGAUAAUUUUAUCACCGGCAGUACGUAUUGUUUAUUCGAAUCGUUGUGCAAUAAUUUCACAUCGUUCUCGAGCUACGUGAAAUUAUGAAGAGUAUUCCGAGUCAGCAUUGUUCGUCGCGCUGCUCGACAGAAUUUCGCAGCGUGUUUCACUAAUACUUGUAUUAUUCUCCAGUCACUGUUUUUCUCUAGUCUUUGAUAUAGUCUGUGAUAUACCCACAGCCAUAAUCUGUGAUAUUACCCGAUAGGAAUACGCGCGGAUGUGCUCAACUGCUAGGAAGAAAAAAAGAAGAAAAAAAAUUCAACUAGAGUUGGCAACGUAUCCAUUUUCACAAUUGAGCCUAAAAGCCUGAUUACCUUUAACGCAGUUUCUUUCUAUCUCUGCGAAUCUUCUUUCCUGUCUUCUUCUAGUCUAUUUUUUAUUUCUUCUUCAACCCGUUGUUUUUCUUUUCCCCCUCCUUCUUCUUACCCGAAAGCAAUAAUAAACUCGAUAUACCAAAGACUGAUUUAUUUUUACCCCUUGUGUUUGUUGCGUCGUCGUUAUCAUCGUCACGAGAGAGACAAACUGUGCGUAAAUUUUACCUACCCUUGUAUUAUUAUUUUGUUUGAUUAUUUUCUCUCCUUUCUUUAUUGUUUUAUUGUUGUGCUCAAAAAUACGAGUAUACUCGUAAUACUCCUUCCUUGUGUUAUACUGGUAUUUGCUGCGAGCUGCGUCCAAUUAUGCCGCGUUGUUAUAUGGUGAAGAAAUGGGCCGCCAAAUACCAGGCUGAAAUGAACGAGAUGUGGAAUAGCGACGAAAACGAGUCGAAUGCUGCGGAUACGGUUGUUGUGGUGGAGCCGUCUUCGAGAAAUGGAGAAGACGGUGGUGGUAAUGUGAGCAAUGAUACGGAUAAUAUUUACAUUGAAGGUCCUGGUACGCCGUUGAAUGUAUCUGUGCAGUAUUUUGAUAAUUCCGAUGAUGGUAAUGAAGAUGUGUAUAUUGAGAAUGCUGCUACGCCGGUUGCGAUAUCGGAUCAUCAGUAUUAUCAGACUGUCAGUAACGAUAAUGUUUCGAAUAAUAAUGAUGAAUACAUCACCAACUACAUCCCAGACGACCGAUACGAGCACCACGAGUCAACCGAGAUGGGCACAGUCUACAUGGAAGACGGUGGCAUUCCAAUAUUCCGCGAACGUAGCCAAGAAGAAACCGAAGCAGCUCACGACCUCCUCGAGCUCUCCCGUUCGCUCCCAGCCCUCUUACCUUUACCAGUCAGCAGUGUGAUGCCAGCCACAGUCAGCAAUGGCAGCACAUUGCACACGUGGUCAAACAACAUUUACGUCGCGAACAACGGUCAAUACAACUAUAGCCCGAUCAGCUCAUCGAUAACGAGCUCCGAUUACCAAGAGUAUUACAUCCAGCCAGUCACCGGAGAGGCGGUAGUUGCAUCUGGUAGAUCUAACAGUAUCGCUAGUGAGCCAGCUCUUACACCUCCUGCGUCAGAAUGCUCUUCUGAUAUUGAGAACAAUCCGAACCAUCAAAAUGAUUCUUCCAAUUCAUCGGCUAAUACGAAAUUCGUCUCUUACACUUACGAUACGCUGAUAGACGGUCGAACUAAGAACAAGGCAGUCGAGACGAGCUAUACGAAUAAUAAUACAGCAGUUGAGACUCCUUCGUCAGUGAACAGCUCAAAGGGUAAGGCAGCCAAUUACGUAUGUACUGAGUGUGGGAAGCAGUACGCGACUUCUUCGAAUUUAUCUCGACAUAAGCAAACUCAUCGCAGCCUGGAUUCGCAAUCUGCGAAGAAAUGCAAGACUUGUGGCAAAGCUUACGUCAGUAUGCCUGCUCUAGCGAUGCAUCUGCUCACCCACAAGCUCAACCACCAGUGCAAAAUCUGCGGUAAAUUGUUCUCUCGACCUUGGCUGCUGCAAGGUCAUCAACGUUCCCAUACCGGAGAGAAACCCUACGGAUGUGCUCAUUGCGGAAAAGCUUUCGCCGACAGGUCGAACCUGAGAGCACAUAUGCAAACCCAUUCGAGUGAUAAGAAUUACCAAUGUACCAGGUGCAAUAAAACGUUCGCUUUGAAAUCAUACCUCAAUAAGCAUCUGGAGAUAGCCUGCGUUAAAGAUCGAGCCGAUGGUGAGCCUGGUGACGAUGACGAAGAUGACGAAGAAUUGACUAAUGGCUGCGAUGAUAAUUCCAACAAAAGUCUAGGUGAUCGAACCGACGACGAUGUUAUUGAUAACAACGAUGAUAGUCAUAUUUCCGAACUAGUUAUCGAUAUAGAUGAUUAGCAUAUGGGGUCAGCUGAACGUAGGUUCAGCGUCAUUCAGUUUGUCGGCACGUCUUCUAAAUCGUCGUGAAAAAUACACAAUCAUGCUCAAUUUUUGCCAUCUCGAGAGUGUGUCUGUGUGGUUCCCAAAACGACGAUCGGGCCGAUACCCCAGUCGAAGAUAUUACUCGUAAUUCCCAUUCCCUUGUAGGCUCCUCUCCUAAAAUACCGGAUUUCCGGUCUCCCUCUAGCCCCUGUGCCGCAUAAUAUAGCUGUGAACUUUCAUUUUUAUAGAAUAAGCAACGUAUUCGUAAAUAAUUCUAGGUAAUAGACGAAGUACCUAAUUUAGUUUUUAUCAUAAUGGUUUUUUUUCCCAAUUUCGAUUAUUUUGUUACCUUUUUCGAAUCAAAAGUAAUUUUUUUAUAUUAAUUGCGCCGGAAUAUUACUUAGAGAUUAGGAUGUGUAUACUACAGUCUCGUAUAUCGAGUUGGUUUUUUUUACUCAUUGAUUGAUUUUUUUUUUAUAUAGAUGCACUAUUCGUAAAAUAUUCAAGACUUUUUUUUUUAGCGUAUGUACUUAUUUUGGUACGAUACUUACGUUAUAUUAUAGAGUACGUAUGUUAUAGGAUGUAAUUGUAACAUUUACGAGGAGAAAAUAUCGCGUAAGUACUUUUUUUCGUUCUUCCAAAACCAUUAGUACGGAUGGUUGCACUGUAAUUUGUUUACCUACGUAUUUGUUAAGAUUUGUUAUCAUUAGGACGAUUGCAUCGUGCAUUAAUCAUUAUUUAUUAUGUAUUGUGCUCGUGGUGAGUUUCAAAUGAUUCGAUUAUUAUAGUCCGAAAUUUAAACUGUGAAAUUCUUCCUGUUUUCACUUCCUUUAUGAAAUUUACUUAUUGAGAUCAAGAAGUUUCCCCUGUCUGAGCAGGAUCUGAUUUAAAAUGAACUUUAUACCGAAAAGAUUGAAAUCAUAACUUGAAUAGGUACCGAUCUAACUAUCUAGAAUGUGAUCGACCUGAUUAGAUCAUAGUUCGCCAUAUUCAUACAUUUUCUAGACCCAAUUUAAUCACAGUUCUGAUGAAAUUCGUUAUGUUCAGAUCUGAUAAGAACCUAUCAAUUCCCUUCAUGAGAUGAGAUGUCAAUUCGUUCAAUUUUAUGCUUUGUGUUCCUUGAUUUCAUUCGAAAAUUUUUAGCAAGCAUGUGUCAUUAAAAAACGUGGAAAUCCGAAAAUUCUUCUCCAAAUGUUCAAUUUUGAGAAUUAUUUUUAAUAUUUUUUCUAAAAUUGUGGCGUAUAUAUUUGGCUGUUUGGCAGAGGAUUACUGAAACUGAAUUGGAUUAAUUUGGGAAAAAAUUCAAAAAUUAAACUUGGCAUCAAUAAAAAUUUAAACGAGUACAUAUUUUUUUUAUUUUAUCAAUUUGGCGAAUGAAUUGACAAGAGCAAGAAAGAACACCACAGUGGUCCUGAUGAUAAAUAUGGCCAGACAUUCAAAAAAAUUCUUAACCAUGUGUGAACAAAAACCAGCACUUUUUUGUGAUUUUUCGCCUAUUCUGACUCAUUUUUAAAAAAGUAGAAGUAUUAUUUCGGUACUUACCAAUGCUGCAUUUUUUUUUUUUUUUUUUUUUUUUUUGAAAUUUUA